AUGUCAGAUGCUAUUGCAAGAAGUAAACAAUAUGAUUAUAAAGCUAAUUCAAAUUUAGUUAUUCAUUCAGAAAGAAAUCCAAAAGAUUUAAGAGAGCCAAAAGGAGAACCAGAGACAUUAUGGGGAAGAUUACACGGAAAGAUGGGAGACAGAGUCAACUACUCCAAACCGACCGAGUUGUUGGAAAAGGUGGCAAACCUCAAGCGAAAGACACAGGAAAAGGGUGGCAGUGUAGACACGGCCACGCUCAAGCGAGUCAAGGGUGGGCCCACCGACAUUUUGGAGGCGACCGACAACCAAGUGUACGGCGGCUACCGUCCAAGCACCAAAGAGACAAAGGCUGUCUUUGAACGACUCGUGUCGUUUAUUCAGACGUAUAUAGGCGAUCAGCCAAGCGAGAUUAUCAACGGCGCAGCCGACGAGAUCAUUGCUACGCUCAAGAACGACCGUCUCAAAGCACCCGAGAAAAAGAAAGAUCUAGACAUUUUAUUGCGUGGAUUGACAGAGGACAAGUUUGCAGAGCUGACCCGUAUCAUCACAGGUAUCACCGACUUUAAAGAGCAAAGGGGUGCCGGCGCCGGAGACGGACAGCAACAAGUCGACACUUUGGGCGAUGCACACGGUGUCGCAGUGGUCAUUGACGAAGAUGAAGAGGAUCAAGACAACCUAUCAGAUUUUGAAAUUAGACAAGGUGGUGGUAGUGAUGAUGAAGACAACGAUGACCAAGAUAGUGAUCGUGAACAAGGUGUUAAUAUGGAUGCAACUAGUAUUGGUGGUGGUGGUGGUAGAAACAACACUGAUAAAUCACGUCGUCGUCAUCAUUCAAAGCGUGGAGAACAAGGUGAUGUUGAUGGUGAAAUCAAUGAAGAUGAAAAAGACAACAACAACAACAACAAAGAAAAGAAAGAAAAUACAAGUGAUGACGAAGAUGAACAACAACAAAUGGGAAAGAAAAAUCAACAAAAGGAGACAUCGGCACUUAAUCCAAUGGAUAUCGAUGCAUUUUGGAUCCAAAGAAAGAUUUCAAUGUUUGAAGAAGAUGCCAUGCAAGCUCAACAAUUGGCUGAACGUGUAUUGCAAAUUUUAAAACAACAAGAUGUUCGUCGUUGUGAAAAUGAUCUAGUCAAUUUAUUUGAUGUUUCAAAAUUUGAUUUUAUUAAAUUAUUAUUAAAUAAUAGACAAACUAUAUUAUAUUGUACACUUUUAGCAAAAGCAGAAAAUGAUCAAGAAAAAAAGAAAAUAGAAGAUGAGAUGAGUGGAAAUCCCAUUUUAUUUAUGAUAUUAAACAAGAUUAAAGGAAUAGAUCAACAAUCAAAAACAGUUGAAAAGAAACAAAAUGCAGUGGUUGCCAAGAAACAACAAGACAGAGAAAAACAAAAACAACAAGAAGAGAUCAAGACACCAAAGAAACAAUUGGAUCUAAAGGAAUUGAGUUUUGCUCAAGGUAGUCAUUUAAUGACCAACAAAAAAUUCCAGUUUCCUGCUGGAAGUAAACGUGAAACUUACAAGGGUUACGAGGAGAUCCAUGUCCCAGCUCGUGCCAGUCCACCAUUCAACCCAGAUGAACGAUUAGUCGCCAUCUCUGAACUGCCUGAAUGGGCCCGUACACCAUUCAAGGGUUUUGAAAAGUUGAAUCGUGUGCAGAGUAGAUUGUACGAGUAUGCAUUCAAGAGUAACGAUAAUUUGUUAUUGUCUGCUCCCACGUCGGCCGGUAAGACCAAUGUAGCCAUGUUGACCAUUCUCCACGAGAUUGGUAUGCACAUGAAGAAUGGUGUGUUGGAUCGUGAUGCAUUCAAGAUUGUCUAUAUUGCACCGAUGAAGUCGUUGGUGCAGGAAAUGGUACAAAACUUUUCAAACCGUCUCAAAGACUAUGGUAUCGUGGUGAAAGAGUUGACUGGUGACCAAGGUCUCACCAACAAACAGAUAUCCGAGACACAAAUCAUCGUCACCACACCUGAAAAGUGGGACAUUAUCACCAGAAAGGCUGGCGAGCGUGCCUAUACAUCGUUGGUGCGUCUCGUCAUCAUUGAUGAGAUUCAUUUGCUCCAUGACGAGCGUGGACCUGUGCUCGAGUGUAUCGUGGCACGUACGCUGCGUAUGGUCGAGAGCACGCAAGAGAUGGUGCGUCUGGUCGGCCUGUCUGCCACCCUUCCCAACUAUGAAGACGUUGCCACGUUUUUGCGUGUCAAGCCCGAAGGUAUAUUCUACUUUGACAGCUCGUAUCGUCCCAUUCCACUCGAACAACAGUACAUUGGUGUCAGCGACCGUGGAUUCAAGCAGUUGCAGACCAUGAACGACGUGACGUUUAAAAAGGUGUCAGAGCGUGCUGGUGUCAACCAAAUGCUCGUGUUUGUGCAUAGUCGUCGUGAGACGGGCAAGACAGCACGUGAUAUCCGUGAUCGUGCAGUUGCCGGCGAUUUGAUGGGUCAGCUCAUCAAACGUGCCGAUUCAAGAGAGAUUUUGCGUGUCGAGGCUGAAAAGACGGCCAAGAGUGCUGAGCUCAAGGAACUGCUGCCGUACGGCAUUGGUAUCCAUCACGCCGGUCUUUCGCGUAGCGAUAGAACACUUGUCGAGGAGUUGUUUGCCGAUCAACAUUUGCAGGUGCUCGUGUCGACGGCCACGUUGGCGUGGGGUGUCAAUUUGCCCGCGCAUACCGUCAUUAUCAAGGGUACGCAGGUAUACAAUACCGAGCGUGGAUGGACCGAGUUGUCACCACUCGACGUCACUCAGAUGCUCGGUCGUGCCGGUCGUCCCCCAUUCGACAGUGAAGGUGAGGGUAUUGUCAUUACGAGUGCCAGCGAGAUGCAGUUUUACCUCUCCCUCAUCAACACACAGUUGUCGAUCGAGUCGCAGUUUAUCUCGCGUCUGCCAGACAACCUCAACGCCGAGAUUGUCUCGGGCAGCGUUGCGAGUGUCAAAGACGCCGUGCACUGGCUCGGUUACACCUACCUCUUUAUCUGUAUGCUGCGUAACCCGCCACUCUACGACAUCUCGUACGACGAUCUUGCCGGUGACGAAGAGCUCGAGCAGCGCCGUAUCGACCUCGUGCACGCCGCCGCCACCCAACUCGACAAGAACAACCUCAUCAAAUACGACCGUCGCACAGGCCGUCUCCAACCCACCGAGCUCGGUCGUGUGGCCAGUCACUACUACAUCACCAGCUCGUCCAUGGCCGUCUACCACGAACAUUUGCGUCCAGUCAUGAGCGACAUUGACUUUUUCCGUCUCUUUUCGCUGUCCAACGAGUUUAGCAGUGUUGUAGUACGUGAGGGUGAAAAGGGAGAGCUCGAGAAACUACUCGAACGUGUACCUAUCCCCGUCAAAGAGUCAAUUGACGAACCAGCCGCCAAGAUCAAUGUCUUGUUGCAGGCAUACAUUUCCAACCUCAAGCUUGAAGGUUUUGCACUCAUUGUCGAUAUGUUUUACGUUGCUCAGAGUGCUGCCCGUAUCGUACGUGCACUCUAUGAUAUUGUGUUGCGCAAGGGGUGGGCUCAACUCGCCAGAAAGAUCAUCAAUGUCUGUCGAAUGGUCGACCGUCGUAUGUGGAUCUCUCAAUCACCUCUGCGUCAAUUCCCAGAGAUUUCAGAGCGUAUUGUCAACCAGCUUGAACGUCGUCAAAUCCCUAUCGAAGAUCUCUACGAGUACAACUCGGCACAACUAGGAACUGCUAUCCAGUCGCCAGCCGAAGGAAAGAAAUUGUACAAGCUUAUCCAUCAUUUCCCCAAGUUGGAUCUGACUGCACACGUUCAACCCAUUCUCCACGGUCUCUUGCGUGUCGAUCUUACAUUGACACCCGACUUUGAGUUUGAUGACAAGUACCAUGGCAAUUCGAUUGGUUGGUGGAUCGUUGUUGAGGAUGUCGACGGUGAGCGUAUUCUCUACCACGAGUUCUUCUCUUUGAAGCGUAGAAUGAUGGAAGACGGUGCGACAGUCACUUUUACCGUACCACUUACCACUCCCAUGCCACCACAAUACUAUGUACGUGUCGUUGCAGAUCGUUGGAUUGGUGCAGAGUAUUCUCUGGCCGUUUCAUUCAAGCAUUUGAUCCUACCACAAAAGUAUCCACCUUGUCGUGGCUUACUUGAUCUCCAACCACUCUCGAUCGACUCGCUUAGAGAUGAUCGUGCCGCAUCGGUAUUCCGUCCAACAUUCCGAUACUUUAACCCGGUACAAACACAGGUGUUCUCGUCGCUCUACACGACCGAUGAGAAUGUGUUUGUCGCUGCGCCAGCCAACACUGGCAAGACUGUCUGCGCUGAAUUGGCUGUCCUCCGUACACUCAUCAACAACCCAGAAGCACGUUGUGUCUAUAUCGCACCGGUCGAAUCGAUGGUGACCGUUCGUUCGCGUGACUGGGCAUACAAGUUUGGUCAAAAGUUUGGAAAGGUGUCUGUACUGACCGGCGAUGCAGUCACUGACAAUAAGAUUCUCGAAGCAUCGCGUAUUAUCGUGACGACGGCCGAGAGAUGGGACAUUUUAUCGCGCAAGUGGCGUCAAAAGAACUCGCGUGUUCAAUCGGUCAGUUUGUUUAUCGUCGACGAGUUGCAGAUGAUUGGGUCGGGUGAAUCUGGCUCGACCAUGGAGAUUGUCUUGUCGCGUAUGCGGUAUAUCGCCACGCAGACCGGAUCACCCAUUCGAUUCAUUGGAUUGUCGUCGCCCGUUGCCAACGCCCGCGAUCUCGCCGAGUGGAUGGGUGCGACACCUGCAACCAUGUUCAACUUCCACCCCGACGUGCGUCCAGUCGAGAUGGAGAUUCAAAUGCAGGGUUUCGACUAUCCCAACUUCCAAGAACGCCAAAUGGCCAUGACCAAGCCGGCACUAUAUGCCGUAUCGCAUAUGGACCGCACUGCGCAGACGUUGGUAUACGUACCAACACGUAAAGCUGCCCGUCAAAUGGCUGCCGACAUUAUACUCUUUGUAGACAGCGAGGAUGACAUGAAUACACGUCGAUACCUUGGAAUCGACCAGGCAGACCUCGAACCACACCUCGCCAAACUUGAAAGCCCAGCGUUGAGAGACGCACUCGUGUGGGGUGUCGCUUUUUACCACGACGGUCUAUCUGCCAAAGACAAGCGAAUCGUCGAGGCGCUGUUUAAGAGCGGUGCCAUCAAGGUUCUCGUCGCAACACACAGCGAGUGCUGGGCACUAGACGUGCAGGCACAGCUAGUCAUCAUCAUGGGCACACAAACGUACAACCAGGGCACUGGCGCCGGUCACACCGACUACCCCAUCAACGAUAUUCUCCAAAUGAUGGCACGUGCCGGUAAACAGGGUACCGACCAAAAGGGCCGUUGCUUGCUGCUCUGUCACUCGCCCAAAAAGGAGUACUACAAGACAUUCCUCAACGAACCGUUGCCCGUCGAGUCGCAUCUCGACCAUUUCCUCGCCGACCACUUUAACGCCGAGAUUGCCAGUCGCACCAUCAGCAAAAAGCAAGACGGACUCGACUACCUCACCUGGUCGUUCAUGUACCGUCGUCUCACCCAAAACCCCAACUACUACAACCUCACCGGUACCACCCAUCUCCAUCUUGCCGAGCAUCUCUCAGAGCUCGUCGAAAACACCCUUCUCGACUUGCAACAAGCCAGCUGUAUCACCAUCAAGGAAGAAGAAGAGGUAGAGGAUGAAGACGAACAAUUGCAAUCGACCAAUCUUGGUAUGAUUGCCAGUUACUAUUACCUAAAGUACACGACCAUUGAGUUGUUUGCCAACUCGCUCAAGGCAGCCACCAAGCGUAAGGGUAUCUUGGAGAUCUUGUCCACUGCACCUGAAUUCACAUCGUCAUUGGUUGUCCGCCACCGCGAGAAUAAUAGUCUCCAAAAGAUGGCAGCUCACUUGCCACUCAAGAUUGAUCGUCCCGACUUUGACAGCGUUGCCACCAAGGUCAAUGUACUUUUACAAGCCCAUUUUUCGCGCAAACCCAUCUCGGCCGACCUCUAUGUCGAUCAGUGCAUGGUAUUGGAAAACGCAACACGUCUUUUACAAGCCAUCGUCGAUGUCAUUAGUAGCAGUGGUUGGUUACAACCUGCUCUCUCUGCUAUGGAACUCAGUCAGAUGUGCACUCAAGCCGUUUGGAAUACCGACAGCUAUCUCAAACAACUACCUCACAUGACCGAAGAGAGACUUGCCAAUGCUAAAAAGGCAAAGAUUGAAACCGUGUUUGAACUCAUGUCGAUGGAAGACGACGACCGUAACAAGAUGCUCGGCAUGUCUCAAUCAGAGCUCGAAGAUCUCGCCGGAGUGUGUAUGCGAUUCCCAGACAUUGAUCUCACCUACCAAGUCGAGAAUGAAGAGGACUUGCACGCCGACGAUAAGGUCACUGUUCACGUUGCCAUUGAAAGAGACAUUGACGACGAAUUAAUCAACGAGUCUAUCAACCUCGUACACGCUCCCUACUAUCCCAAGGAAAGAAUCGGUGGCUGGUGGGUCAUUGUCGGUGACGAGAAAACAAAUCAACUCUUGUCCAUCAAACGACUCACCCUUACCAAACGUGCCAAACUCAAAUUGGAUUUCCCUUCGCCUCCAGUCGGUGAUCAUCAACUCACCAUUUAUUUAAUGUCAGACUCUUAUACUGGUUGUGAUCAAGUUUAUAAUAUAGAUAUUAAUAUUAAACCUGCUUUAAUUGACGACGAACAAGAAGAAGAAAAUGAACAAGAGGAUAAAAUGGAAGAAUAA